CCCAGAUCUCAACGCAAAUCCAGCGACUGUCGAUUACCAAUGUUAUGCCAUCAGUGCUUUUCGCACAUUUGCGCUAAUCGCAGUAAUUUCCCAAAAUAGGCGGGUCUUUUUUUUUUUUUCAGUACAAUAGGCGGGACUUUUCGAAAAACUUCUACGACUUCCCCUCUCACCCACAGUUUUCCAUCUCUUUUUUGCCCUACCUUUUAAGUUUUAACUCUUACCCAAACCCUAACCCGCCAAUAGUUUUUUCACCUCAUCUUUCUUCUACUUAAGUUUUAAGUAUAUAGAUAAAUACUACUUUGGUCAUAAUUGAAAGAAUUUGAACCGCAUACGCGAUGAAGGAUAGGGGAGAAGGCAAGGGUAAGAUGGUAAAAGAAUAUCUGCCAUGAAGUGCGAUUCCAAACGGCGCCGUUCCAUCUCAAACAAGUCAGGAAAUACUGCUAGUAAAAAAGGUUCAGCACAGGUUACUUAUUUACUGAGGGAGGAGGAGAUCAAGGGAGGGUAAACAGUUUGCGUUUUGGUUAGCGAAAAGAGCUUCUUGAAAAGGGGGAUAGUAAUAGUAAUGGGAGAAGGAGAGGAGAGUGAAAAUAAAGGAAAGGGAAUGGAAUCUCCAGCGGGCGGUGUGAGUAUUAUGGAGGAAGAGAAGGAAAUUGGGGAUACUGAGGGAAAGUUUGCUUCUUUUGAGGAAAAGUUAGACGCUAAAGAAGAAGGGAAGGUUUUGACGGAGGUUAAUGAUCGAAAACCAAAAAGAAAAAGGGGGAGACCCCCCAAGAAAGAUAAGGAAAAGAAGAAUUUUUCAGAGGGGAAUGUUGUAAUGGAGGAAAAUAUUGAUAAAGAAGAAUCUGAAGAGAAAGAGGUUCCUUUGAAGAAAAGCAAUAAUCUUGUUAUGAUGGGUAGGGAAAAUAAUGACGUGAAUGGAAAACAAGAGGAAAUUGAUCGCGAGAGAGAAGAGGAGGAGAAACAGAAGAUUGACUCUAAUGAAGUGACUGGCAGAACAAGGAAGUCAAGUCAAAUAGCUAUGGAGAAGUUAAAGGGAUUUAAUCAGCAAAUGGCUGAAUGGGAUGAAGAAGACCGCAAAACAGGUAGAAAAAGAAGGGGUCAAAGUCGGAAGGGUGGCACGAAAACAGAAGAUAAUGGUGAUAGUGAGAAAAUUGGAAGUAAAAACCGCAGAAGAAAGAGGUCGAAAGAUGCCGCAGAGAAUGGUGAUGGAAGUGGUGGAGAUUCUGCAGAGGAGAGUAGAGAGCAGCAGAGAGAAACGAGUAAAAAGCAUAAGGCUGAGGGAGAAGAGAAAGAGGAAGGAUCAGAGUCCCGAAAUUCUACUCGUCAAAGGAAAGAUGUGCACGAUAAUGCAGUAAAUCCCCGAAACAGAAAGAGGAAGGAUGAGAAUGGGAAUGAAUUUGAAUCCAAUAUGUGUCAUCAGUGCCAGAGGAAUGACAAAGGAAGAGUUGUUCGGUGUACCCGCUGUAAAACAAAGCGAUACUGUGUUCCUUGCAUGAACAGAUGGUACCCUGGGAUGCCUGAGGAGGCCUUUGCAGAGUCUUGUCCUGUUUGUCGUCAAAACUGUAAUUGCAAAUCAUGCUUGCGGUUGGACGGGCCAAUAAGGACAUUGAAGAACUUAGAAUUUGAGAUUAGCGAAGAAGAAAAGAGUCUAUAUUCUAAAUUUAUCUUGCAAACACUUUUGCCUUUCUUGAGAAGAUUCAACGCAGAGCAAGUGAUGGAGAUGGAGAUUGAAGCUAGGAUUCAAGGGUUACCAGUGUCAGAGUUAAAGCUGCACAAAGCAAAGUGUCAGAAGAAUGAGCGAAUGUACUGCAACAACUGCAAAACAUCCAUUGUUGAUUUUCACAGAAAUUGUUCCAGCUGUUCCUAUGAUCUUUGCCUUACUUGUUGCCGGGAGCUUAGAGAUGGUCACCUUAGGGGAGGUGAAGAAGAAGUCAUCUUGGAAUUCACUGACAAAGGGCUUGGUUAUUUGCAUGCUGAGGAGAUACCCGGAUACAAACCUAUAAACUUUAGGAGGACUAGAUCUUCCAAGAAGGAGAUGGUUAAAAAUGAUUCAGUGGAAGAUGCCAAGAUUGCAUGUGAAAUGGAAUCUAAGGAUAACGGAGGGCUUCUGUCAGAAAAAUUUGGUGGUCCUGCUGGUGAGUGGAAAUCGAAUGAAGAUGGUAGCAUCCCUUGUCCACCAGAGAAUUUUGGUGGUUGUGGUAAGGGAAUUUUAGAGCUGAAGUGCCUGCUGACAAAGCCAAAAUGUCAGGUCACUGAGUUGUUGGCAAAAGCUGAAGAUAUUGCCAAAAGAUUUGAAUUGGAACACAUGCCUGAAAUUCCUCAGGGGCCAUGCUUAUGUAGAAAGUCAGUGGAUGAAAAUGAUAUGCAGAACAGUAAAAUGUGUAAAGCAGCAUCUCGUGACGAUUUUGAUGACAAUUAUUUAUACUGUCCAGCAGCUAAAGAUCUUCAGCAGGAGGAUCUGAAGCAUUUCCAAUGUCAUUGGCUGAAAGGUGAGCCUGUGAUUGUCCGCAAUGUGCUUGAGACUGCGUCAGGGUUAAGCUGGGAGCCCAUGGUUAUGUGGCGAGCAUGUCGCCAGAUAAAGAACUUAAACCAUCCUCUUCUUUUGGAUGUUAUUGCUAUCAAUUGCUUAGAUUGGUGUGAGGUAGAAGUUAACAUCCACCAGUUCUUUAAGGGGUAUAUGGAAGGUCGAUUUGAUGAUGCUGGCUGGCCCCAGAUUCUGAAGUUGAAAGAUUGGCCUCCAUCUGAUCUAUUUGAUGAACGAUUACCUCGUCAUGGUGCGGAAUUUGUUAGCAGUUUGCCUUUUAAGGAGUACACACAUCCACAAAGCGGCUAUCUAAAUCUUGCUGUCAAACUGCCAAAAGAGUCGUUGAAGCCUGACAUGGGACCAAAGACAUAUAUUGCUUAUGGAGUUCCUCAGGAGCUGGGGCGCGGAGACUCUGUGACUAAGCUGCAUUGUGAUAUGUCUGAUGCGGUGAAUGUGUUGACACAUACUCAAGCAAUAACCUUGAAGCAUGACCAGCUUUCAACAAUGCAAGAAUUGAAAAUAAGGCAUGCUGCUCAAGAUAAAAGGGAACUUCAGAUGUCUGAGGACGAGAAAGAAUGUGAAAAUGAAGCAUCAUCUGAGUUGAUUGAGGGUAACUCUGUCCUAGGUGAGAGACAUAGUAGAAUAGAUAAAGGAAAAACUGAUGUACUUCCAGAUCAGAGCUUGAGUAUUGGACCACAUAGUGACAAUCAAUCAAUUGUUGCAUCUGCUUCCUGUGUCAAGCCAGAGGGAGAUACUAAUGCUGAGGUGGCAACAGAUGGUGCAAUCGAUACGACAAGCACUUAUGAAGCAAGUGGAGGAAAUAAGAUUGAUCAUGGUAAAAGUGAUGAGUGCAAAAAUAACCCAGUGUUUAGAGAAGGUGAAGUAUUUGAGGAUUUAGAAGGUGGUGCACUCUGGGACAUCUUUAGAAGGCAAGAUGUUCCAAAGUUAGAGGAAUAUCUCAGGAAGCACUUUAGAGAAUUCAGGCAUAUCCACUGUUCCCCGGUGCCACAGGUUAUUCACCCUAUACAUGAUCAAACGUUUUACUUGACUGAGGAUCACAAAAGGAAGCUUAAGGAAGAGUAUGGAAUUGAACCAUGGACCUUUGUUCAAAAAUUAGGUGAUGCAGUUUUUAUUCCUGCGGGCUGCCCUCAUCAAGUUAGAAAUUUGAAGUCAUGUAUAAAGGUUGCUCUUGACUUUGUGUCUCCUGAAAAUCUUCAUGAGUGCAUCCGUCUGACUGAAGAGUUCCGCACUCUUCCCCAAAAUCACAGAGCCAAGGAGGACAAGUUGGAGGUGAAGAAAAUGAGUAUUUAUGCAAUGAGAGAAGCUCUAAAAUGCCUGGAAGAACUUGCAAAGGAUUCCACCGAUAAGGGUGAGAACAGAAAAUCAGAAGAUGAUGGAGAAAAUUCAGCAGACGAUCAUGAUGAUUCAAAAGAUGAGUAGACGAGACAAGAUUCAGGUUGACGACUCAAUAGCCCAAAGGAGGAUUUUGAAAUGGAUUGUCAAAAACUCUAAGUGAAGAUGCCCUUUUUUGGAUUAUGCCUGCAUAUGAUUAUCUAACUUAAGAUGUAUCUAAUAGUUAAAUCUCUUUGGUGUGUAGGCUCUUUGUUCUAACCUGACCCAUGUUUGUUUAGUUUUGGGGUUUUCUCUGUGCAUUUCAAGUUUAUUAUGUUAGUAAUUCAAUGAAAACGGUCCUUACAAGUUUUGGUUUGUC